GACGGAUCUAGUCACAGCCUCUUUCUCAAUAAGCCUAUACUUGUUUUUCAAAAACGCAUCAAGAUCGAUCGUCUCACGUUAUCUAACUUGGCACACACUUAUUUAUAAACCACCUUUUCUUCUCUUCAGCACGUGAAGUCCAUUGCACAUUCUGUGGUGAAGUGGGUGUGUUUUGGGGAGUGAUACAAAUAACCCUCAGUUGGUAUAAAUAGUUUAUCUGCAAGCAUUUCCCUCAGGCCAGUGGAUGCAUCUGAACUGAGCUGAUCUAAAAGACACACACUCAGCACAAUGUAAGUAGAAAUUAUAGGUUAUCAUUGCAUUGAUUAGGUUUGUUUGAUUUGUGAUGGUGUUAAGUAAUUAAAGGAAGAGUGAUUUUAUAGUAAUAGAAAUGUGUAAUAACAUAGUUUACUGUCUUUUAAAGUAUUUCAAUAUUGCAAUCUUAAUGAGUUAUGUCUGUAUAAUAGAUUUUUCAUAUGAUGAUGUCACUGACUGUGUGUACUUUAGGUUUUUAAUGUGAUAACACUGACUGUUUGUGUACUUCAGGGUUUAUUUUGCAGGGUUGGUUGGCUUGCUUCUCAUCUUGACUGCUGAAGCCAGAAUUGGGUAAGGAAGUUAUAAUACACUUCUGUUAUUAUUUUCCACACAUCAUAACCACACAUUUCAGAAUUAAUACUAUUUUUGUAUAUUGAAUUAACGGUAUCUGUGCUAAAUCAUAUGCUAUUGUCCUUUAUUGAUUUGUUUUCCACUGAUCCCUAUAGGAACUCCUCUGAGUCUCGCUUCUGCACAGAGUCAAAGGAAUGUCUGCUGUAUGAUCUGGUGUGCAAGAAUGACGAUUAUGAGGUGAGUCUAUUGUAAAGCACAAAUAAAAGGCUACAACCUAGUCAGGAGUUAUUUUUGAUGCUUAGUUGUUGGUCAGGGUAGCAGAUACAAAACAAUAGCAUUUACAUUAGAAUAUAUCAAAUCAACAUCAUUAUUAUCCCCAUGGUUAUCGUAUUGGGUAUCUGUAUUCGGAAACAUGUUGUAGAUCAGUUAUGCAGGGUUGUUGCACUUUUUGCACAGUCUCAUCCUAAUCCCAUCCCCAACAUCUGUAACUCAAUACACUCUCCAACACAGGACUCUGAGUGAAGGUUUGUGUCUGUGUUACAGGUGCGCCACUAUGACUCGGUGAAAUGGGUGUCGACAGAUGAAGAAUCAUACUUCAUGGACAAGGCCACCUACACUGCCUUCAGGAGACUCUUCAAAUAUAUCACCGGAUCAAACAAUGCUGGUGUGUGUGUGUGUGUGUAUCAAUAUAUUUGUGUGCGUGUGGAUGCACUUGCAUGAGUCUCGGUUUCCAUGCGUGUGUCUACCUGGUAACAAGUGCUUACACAAAUUUUUCCUAUAGGCGUCAACAUUGACAUGACAGCUCCGGUGACUGUCAAAAUUGAAGAGAAGAAGAAGAUGUGGGCGUCGUCUGUCUUCACCCUCAGCUUCCUCCUGCCGUCUACCCAUCAGAUGACUCCUCCCCAACCCACUGAUGACAAGGUAAAGCCCAAUCCCAAAUAGACCCUAUGCCCUAUGCACUUGUGGAGAUCUGAGAGGAUUUGAUUGGUAUAAGCAAUAUGGUGAAACCUCCACUUAGCCUAUUAGAGGUCACUAUAUUGCUGACGCCUGUCAAAAACCUGUCAACCUGACACAAUGACAUCCACAUCGUUGCCAGGGGUAUGUAGUAUUUGUGUGUUAUAUUGUGUGUGUUUUUUCAAAUACUGCCUGGCUCAAUGGUACCAAUGGAAUAGUCCCAAAAGUGCAAACCCCGCCCUCCUGGCACUCUAGAAAAGCUGAAUCUAAGUUGAACCUAAUAUGAUUGUCUAUCAGACCUGGGUUCAAAAACGUAGAUUUAGCUUUUAUAGAGCGCCAGGUGGGCGGGGUUUGCACCUUUGGGACUAUUCCAUUGGCGCCAUUGAGCCAGGCAAGCUCAAUCAAUUAAGUAUUUGAAAAAACACAAAACCAUUUGAACCCAUGUCCGGUAUGUGAUGUUUUUUUAAAGACUGCUGGUUAACAAUGUGGAUGUCAUUGUGAUUUCCCGGUGCAGGUGUACUUUACAGAGAUGCCAGACAUGAAAGUGUACGUGAGGAGCUACGGCGGAUGGAUGAUGUCUUUGACAUCCAGUGUAAACUCCAUGCUGCUGAAAAGGCAGCUAGACAAAGUCCAGGCCACCUACAACAAAGACUACCACUAUGCUGUGGGAUAUGACAGGUGAGAGCACGGAUACAAAUCCUUCAAUAUAUCCAACAUCCAAUCCAAUUCCACCAGAAUACUUCUAUCAAACAUACUUUAAUAUUGUGUGUGUGUGUGUGUGUGUGUCCUACAGCCCAAUGAAGAUUCUGAACAGGCACAAUGAGGUGUGGUACAUGGUUGAGGGAGAGCCUGUCUGCCCUACCUCCUCCUAAACAUCCUCCUCCACUACUGCUGAGUCUGGUGUUACCGCUUUGAGGAGGACCAAUGGGAGGUGCAUGGUAGACUGAGAACAUCUGAGAAAAUGUGGUUUGGGGACAACAAGGAUGUUAACUAAGAGAUGUGUCCCUGAUCUGGUGGCACUAUAAUCCAAAAUCAAUAUGCCACAUAUUAUGUGUAUACAUACUGUAUGUCUUACAAGUUUUUCAUACUUAUUCAGGGUUCAAUUUGUUAGGGAGGUGCCUAGCUCACCCUAGUCCCGUAAUUCGAACUCUGUACAUAUUGACAUGUUCUAACAAUGUGGGGUGAAUGUAGACAGGGAUAUUUUUGUACUAAAUAACUGAGUCCGUUUGUCAAAAGGGAAGUUACUUUUCAUAAACUACAAUAUUCAAUGUUGAACAUGAUUUAGAUGAUUUUCUUAAUAAAAUAUGAAUAGU